AGGGUCCAAAGGUUAGGAGAAUUUUCUCUGACUACUGAUGUUUGGUUUCUGCUUACAGGACCUUGAGUUUGUUCAAUUUCAUCCCACAGGCAUAUACGGUGCUGGGUGUCUCAUCACCGAAGGUUCUCGAGGUGAAGGUGGUAUUCUUAGGAACAGUGAAGGUGAAAGAUUUAUGGAACGUUAUGCCCCGACGGCUAAGGAUCUUGCAUCUAGAGACGUGGUAUCUAGAUCUAUGACUAUGGAGAUCCGGGAAGGUCGUGGUGUUGGACCCUUGAAAGAUCAUAUCUACCUUCACCUGAAUCAUUUGCCUCCGGAGGUUCUUCAGGAAAGACUUCCUGGCAUUUCUGAAACUGCAGCCAUUUUUGCUGGUGUUGAUGUGACAAAGGAGCCAAUCCCUGUUUUACCAACUGUCCAUUACAACAUGGGUGGUAUUCCCACAAAUUACCAUGGAGAGGUGGUUACCAUCAAAGGUAAUGAUCCUGAUGCUAUUAUUCCCGGUUUAUUUGCUGCUGGGGAAGCUGCCUGUGCAUCUGUUCAUGGUGCCAAUCGUCUUGGAGCCAACUCACUUCUUGACAUUGUUGUCUUUGGUCGGGCUUGUGCAAAUAGGGUUGCAGAGAUCCAGAAGCCAGGAGAGAAACAAAGACCAUUGGAAAAGGAUGCUGGAGAGAAAACCCUUUCGUGGUUGGACAAGCUACGUAACUCAAAUGGUACCCUUCCCACCUCAAAUAUCCGGUUGAACAUGCAACGGGUAAUGCAAAAUAAUGCGGCCGUGUUUCGGACUCAAGAAACAUUGGAGGAAGGCUGUAAGUUGAUAGAUAAAACCUGGGAGAGUUUUCAUGAUGUGAAAUUGAAGGACAGAAGCUUGAUAUGGAACUCAGACUUGAUAGAGACUAUUGAGUUGGAGAAUCUUCUGAUUAACGCAUGUAUAACCAUGCACUCUGCUGAGGCGAGGAAAGAAAGCAGAGGAGCUCAUGCAAGGGAAGAUUUUACGAAAAGAGAUGAUGAGAACUGGAUGCGACAUACAUUAGGAUACUGGGAAAACGAGAAGGUUCGACUGGACUACAGGCCAGUUCAUAUGAAUACACUUGAUGAUGAAAUCGAAACAUUCCCUCCCAAAGCUCGAGUGUACUAGUGUCUUUGAAAAGAAUUGGCAGCUUGGGAAAUAGAUUUGUUAUCCAAGGUUAAGCUUUGCAAUAAUUAAUACAGUGACAAGAUUUUUGUCAAUAAGUAGCUCUCAGCCUCGCAGUGGUGCUGUUGAUUUGUUAAGAAAACAUUGAUUCACAAAGCAGCGUAGCUCAUGUAUCUGAAACCAGUAAUUUAAACAUCACAAUUGUUCUAUGUUUCUUACAAGGUUGAUGGGUUUUGAAAAGUUAUAUGAAAAUGAUUGGUCCAUCUUUCUUCUUC